UAUGAAGAUUUAGAAGAGUUUGUUUACCAUUCCAUUUAAGAUAAGAUUAUUGCUUCUAAACAAGCUAAGAUCAGAAGAAAUGUAUUCCUUGUAUUCCAUGGCAUACAUUACUAUCUGAUGGUACAUGCUCAUCUUACACCUUUAAAUUGUAGUCCAUUCUGUCUAACAUGUUUUAAUACUAAUCCUUAAUUUUGUACAACUUAUGAUCUAUCUAAACUUUUAAUACUUGAUGGUAUUAAUGGUAUCUCAUGUAAACCAGACUCUAAUAGAAUUUUAGUGAAUAAAGAAUGAAUUUGUUAACCUGAAUCAUAUGAUCCUGAG